GCCGACCGCGUCGCCGUCGAAGAUGGAGGCGACGUUGACGAUGACUUCGGCCAAUCGGAGGAGGCGCUGCACGCGCGGGAGCUGGGCCCCGACGACAUUGCUUGGCCAGCCGAUGUUGGCGCCGAGGAGGACGGCGCCAUCGUGCAGGCCGCUGGCGCGGUGGAUGAGGAUGAAG